UGGUACAAGGCUGUUGUGAAUAGCCUUGUACCAUGUGACCUCUGUGAUCAUUCACAGACUUCACAAGUAGUAAUCAAUGUCAGAAAGUGACAUCUUGUUUACUACUAUUCAUGUGAUCACUGAUUGGCCAAUCAGUGAUCACAUGAAUCAGGAUUUCACACAGAGGUCCCGUCCGACAAUCGGUGUUCCACUGUGCCCAGAGGACACAGCGGGCACCGGAUCGUGGUACUGCGCGCUCCCAGGGAGCGCGCACAAGCAGGGUGCGGGGAGGCCGUUUAUAAACGGCCACCCGACCCUGCACUGCCACCGUCCGGCCAUUUAUAUACAACAGCCGGACGGGAGGUGGAUAAUAAGAGUCUAUAUUAUCUAAUAUCAAAUUAU